AUGGACACUACAGAAAAUUCACAAUCAAGGCUGCCGUCAAAUAACUCAAAGAAUGAACCGUAUGGUAGCGACUGGAGAUUCCAGGAAACUCAAUUGCCUUACAAUCACCCUGUAAAGAACAAUAAACAACCCGUACCAAGCAUUUUUCCUAAUGUUUUCUCAGAUAACGAUUUUGACCAACUUUCGACAAACGAAAUGGAUUUGAAGCGAUUGGACCCGAAUUCAAAAGAAUCUAUGGACGCUUCGGGAUAUCCCGAUAUGUCUUCUUGGGAUUAUAUGAUGAAUGUCCCCAUUCGUGUGUAUAAUGACGCUGAUGGAAUGGACCCUUUCACCCUUGACACCAUACAAGACUCAACUAUGGACAUAUCGCUUGAUCCAAUGUCUGCGGAGUAUGCACAAGGAGGAAACUUUCCAAGUGCUCCGUCGUCAUUGGGAAGUAAUCCCCCGUUUGUUACAACUCCUUCGAAUGGAUCAAACGAAAACAAUUCUCUCCCAAAUAGCAAUGACCUAGAUAUCCCUUUGUCUCCACCUGCAAAUGCUGAUUUCAAUACAGCACCUCCUAACAUCUCCAUUCCUCCUCCUCUUACUCCUUCACUUCCUGCCGUCAACGAAUCCUCCUCCUUUUCGAACAAUAAGCUACAACUUCCGAGCCAAGUUCUUCCCGAUGGGACUGGCUCAAUCCCUGAAGUUAAUGCCAAUCCAUUCGAUUUGAAUUCCCCUACUCUAGAAACUGAUUUGCUUCCCCCCGACCGAAUCGCACAAGGUUAUUCUAAAAAAGAAUCGUCUUUGCAACCUCCUCCAAUGCCGCCCCCUAUUCAAUCACAAAAUCAGCAGCAACUGAAACAGGAGCAAACUGCUCCUCCUCUGGUUUCCUCAACCGAGAAAAAUUCCUCCACGAUGCCUGUUAAGCAAGAAUUCGGCUUUUCUCCGCAAAAAUAUCCUGAACAAGUUCAACCCAACUUAUCACAAGCUUUCCAAAUGUAUACCAUGAAUAAUGAUCUUCCUAAACAGUCUAACAUGCCUAUGGAUGGCGAAACCAUUCCCGAAUAUAACAAUUAUCCUGUGCCUGACACCUCUUUGGAUUAUCCCACUGUUCAGCGUUCACAGGCAUUAGCUGAAGCUGCAGACUCUUUAUUACCUCCAAAUCCUUCCGUAAAUAAAGAUUAUGGUUCAGAGGCUUUGGAUGGUGUUCCUGAUAUUCUUCCUUCUCAAAUGGAGACCUCCCAAUUCCAGUCGGAAUCACUACAAUCUCAACCGAAUCAUACGUUCCCUAGUCCCGCUAAUACUUCCUAUCGUCCUAAACGCCCCUCACUUGUCCUUGGUUCCAUGAAUUCCCUUUCUCCUACCCAGCCGCCUGUUGUCGUUCCUUCCAAUACCACUCUUAGCCCGUCCCCUCCGUCUACAUCUCCCAUUAAAAAUACAGUUGCUAAUAGUGGAUUUACUCCAUAUGACGCUGCAAAAUCGCAGGUCUCUGCACAAGCUUCUGUAGCCGAACCACCACAAGCUCAACCUUUACCCAGGGCGUCGCCCAGCGAAAAGAAGGAAGAUUAUCCCGUGGCAGCUGUUAGUGGGGAGAAGAACUCUAUUCCUGUUGAUACUACUCCAACCCCAAGUUUAACUACAUCGGCAGGAACACAACGUAAACGGAGGAAAUUUAAAUUUGGUAAACAAGCAGGACCAGUACGUUGUACAUUACCGAAUCGCACUACUGGUGAAACCUGUAAUACUGUGUUUUCUCGAACUUAUGAUCUGAUUCGUCAUCAAGAUACUAUUCAUGCUAAAACUCGCCCUGUUUUCCGUUGUGAAAUUUGUGGAGAUCAGAGGCAUUUCAGCCGACACGAUGCUCUUGUUCGACAUUUACGAGUAAAACACGGUAGAUAAAAGAACAAUCCAUAAUUGUGCUUUUACAGAAAAAAAGGAUCAGUUCUUUCAAAUUGGGGAAAAAAAAAUUUUUUAUUAUCUUACGCCAAGUUAUGAGAAAAUCUUUGUAAUUUUUUGUUGACGAUUCUUGAACAUGUCUACAACAAUUUGAGGUUUUCGGUUUACGUUUUUUUCGUUCAUGUAUAUUUAAUAAUUCUCUGUUUCUUUUCUUGGAUUUUAUCUUUUCUUGUUGAUCUUGUCGUUUAUUGUUUUCAAUACUCUGUGUACCCGAAUUCCUUUUGGUGUGAAUUAAUUCAUUGGUUAUUAAUAAUAAUAUUAAAGAAAAAUAAUGUUGAAAUUUGA